CAAGGGCGACCAGAACGUCUGAUCUAGAGUCUGUAACGUUCAAGCUGUUUCGAAUUUUAUGGUUCCGAAAGCGUCUUUGGUUUUUUGUACGUUCCCCAAACAUGUCGGGUGUUCUUAUUCUGAUUCAGCUGUGUGUCUUUCUUGUAUUUGAGAGGGGCGUGCGACAUUGCCACGCUAUCAGUGACAAAGAGGUGGCAGAUCGGAACGCGCAACAGCUGCUUCGGUCUCUCAAAGCCGCUGGCAUCGACCCCAGGGCGGGACCGCCGAAGCUCAGACGCAGACGACCCGAAGAACACCCUCGAGCCCUCUAUGCACCUGGAGGCUCUGAGGAGGGAGACGCCCUUUGUCUAUGCUCAUCCCCUCCCGAACGCCGUCCUCGUCUCGCCGUACACAUCAAUUGCCUUCAGGCCGAAGGACAAGGUGGAUAAAGGCAGCAUCAAGGACAAGAUUAGUGUGCAAGGCGACGCCUCCGGCAACCACACGGGAAACACGAAGCUUCUGAGCGACGGCCGAACUGUGUAUUUCACGCCAGACGCCCCUUUCACACCUGGUGAGUCUGUUCGAGUGACAGUAGGGAAGGGAAUCAAGAGUAGAAAGGGAGACCCCUUGCCUUCUCGUGGAGCUUUACCAUGUCGUGGAACAAGAUGGACACAUACAAAGGGGCGACGACGCAAAAGAAUGCCAUUGACGAGCCUUCUUCACCCGAGACACUGGAACUCUUCAGAAAGGCUCAAGACAACAACUGGCUGCUGGGCAUCCCCGCUGUCAACCAGCGAGCAGGGAAGGCAGACGACGCGGAGAAUGUCAGUUGUGGUGAACAAAUGCCUUCAGCCGAAGAUUAUGCCCCCAGUUGUGCAUACAAAACGAUUCCGAAGAGCUAUCCUCGCGCCAAGAUCACUGUUGGAGGCAAUCUCACGGCUUUAUCAGCUGGAUACCUCUUCACAAGCGGACCCCGUGACUGGCAAAUGAUCAUGACGUCGACGGGCGAUCCAGUCUACGUUCGUCAGGACCGCGUCGCAUCUAUCCUCACACCUACGCAGAACGGGGACCUAUUGUCUUGGCCGUUGACCCAAGCUUCUCAGGAUUAUGAAGUUCUUGGCCCAGAUUAUGCUUUACGACACAGAUUCCACGCCCCGCAUGGAAUAAGUGAGUCACUCAACAGAAGACGCAAAAGACCUGUAAAUCUCUCUCGUGACAGAGUUCAACUGGCGUGAGUUUCUGCAAACCGAGAAGGGAACUGGAUUACUCUUUGAGUAAGGACAAUGACAUCUCGAAGUGUUACUCCCUGACUCGAAAGUGUUGUUGCCCUCACCCUCUUUUCCCCAGGAUGGAUAUCCAGCUUUUGAGAAUGGAAGAUCUGGUUCCCCCCUUUGCAAGAGAAAAAAUAAAGGGCGCUAUUGGCGUCAUCAUCCACGAAAUCAGUGUCGAAGGUAAUGAUUGAGUGUGGGUGUGGUUGGCAUAUUUCAGAGAUCGCAACUUUCUCUCCGUUCUGAAAGGGGAGGUGGUGAUGGAGUGGCGGUCUUGGGACCAUCUUCUAUUCAGUUUUUGGGAGGCUCCACUGUUUAUUAAAUAUGAAAACUUGUGGGACCUACUUCACCAGAAUUGUGAGCGACUCGAAGUGUUUUGCAUUCACAUCUUCGAAUUCUGGAAUCUCUUUUGCAUUCGAUAGCGCUAGACGAAGAUGACGAUGGGAACAUUCUGCUAUCGUGAGCGUGAUUUUUGAUCUCGCUUGAGUCAUUGUUCCUUCCAUUUCCUCAGGAUGAGGAGAACGUCACAAAUUGCAAAGAUCGACAGGUAUGACAAUGCGAUUGGCUGACAUCGUCAGGACAUUGUUCGUAUGUCUCUCUCGUGCAGGGAUACUGGUGAGGUACUGUGGCGUCUCGGCGGCAGGGGCGGUAACUUCAAGUAAGCUCGACUUUUUCUCAAGUGAAGGGAGAAAGUGAAAGUUUGCCGUUGUCAUGUCAUUCGUUGUUUAGAAUCGUCAACGAUAAACGAGAGCAUUUCGACAGCCAGCAUGACGUGAGAGGCAUCUGAGGCCACACGAUAUCGCACACACUUGUUUCAUGAUCCGUAGGUGCGAAGUCUGGGCAACAACCGGAUAAGCAUUUUUGACAACGGGAUUGAUACCGGAAAUGGAACUGCGCGAGGCCUUGAGUAUGAUUUGUACUUCGAUUCUGACGGUCGUCCGACUGAAGCCCGGCUGGUGAAUGAGUACGACACAGGCAUCUACGCUUUCGCAAUGGGCAGCUACAGACAAAUGCCAAACGGCAACCGUGUGUAUUGUUUGGGCCACGACAAGAAUUAUGAGAAUUUUAAUCCCUUUUACAUUGAGACAGACCCUCAGGGCCGCGAGCUGAUACGGAUGGAUUGGAUGGUGAAGAAGAAGUCAUUUAUUGGCACGUAUCGCACCGGCAAAGGUCCCUGGGUUGCGAUACCCAAAUGGCGACCCACAGCCCUUCUGGACGACAAUAACCCCACCAAGACACUGCGGCUUCACUUCUUGUGGAAUGGCGCAACGGAGGUGAAGAAAUGGCGGAUAAUGAUGGGGAAUAGUGACGGAGAGGAAUUGACGGAGGUGUUUGCUGAGGUGGAGAAGAAGCAGUUUGAACAUUGGAUCGACGUUCCGCAAACCAAAAAGUGUCAGUACUUCCAAGCUGCGGCUCUCGAUGCGAAGGGCAAGGAGAUGAGCCGAUCACCUACGGUCCACACGAAGCCAUGUAGUUGACCAAGAAAGCUAUGCGAGUAAUGCGCUGUGUUGGCAUUAGGGAAAACCUGUAUGAUGUUCGAGUGACUAAAUGCCACCCUUACAGCAGCUUCGCUCGUGUCACAUACGUUGCAGAGGGCCUUAAGUGAUACCAUGGAAUCGAUCUAAUCUGCUCUGCUUGAAUAGGAAGGGAUGCCUCCCUUCAGAGGCUGGCAUAGAAGGAAUGCUCCAGACCUCCUCCCGUCCCUUGCCAUACACAAGGCUAAUCGAGCAUAUCUCUCAGCCU